AUGUCCGAAACAGAUGGCACAGCUGCUUCCUUCAUAGAACCUCCCUCCAGCGACGACAACAAUGACAUCGAUUCCCUACCUUCCGAACCGGACUCCGACGAAGUCACUGUGAGCGAAGAUGAAGAAUAUUCAGAGUCAGACGCAGAGAGAGAGUGGAAGGAGAGCUUGCAACAGCUGGAGUUACUGCUGUCUAUGGUGAUUGUCCCCUACGUCGGGAAAUAUUUCGGGAGGAAAUUCGCCUACUGGGGUUGGAAGCAGUUCAUGGAAUGGAAAUAUCCGGUCGAGAUCGUGGUGACCAGCAAGGCUGCGUUCAAGGGGAUUGGUGCUGUAGAGGCUGCGGCUUCUCUGUGA